AUGACAACCUGCGCACAAGCCAUUAAAGCGUGGGAAGCUAAGAAUGCGACUACGGCAGAAGAAUCGAGUGUGAUCAAGUUGUAUUGCCAAAUGCCCCCAAUUGUAAAGCUGGAUAACUCGCUUAAUAGUCUUAAAAAUUGCGAGCAAUUGUCGCUGUCAACGAACGCAAUUGACCGUUUGAUUCCUUUAUCAGGCAUGAAAAAACUACGAAUCUUGUCAUUAGGUCGGAAUCAAAUCAAAAAGAUUGAGAAACUAGACGAUAAUGUCGAUACAUUAGAAGAACUUUGGCUAUCGUACAACGUCAUUGCGACACUCGAUGGACUUUCAGGACUUUCGAAUCUCACGACGCUUUUCCUGUCAAAUAAUCUGAUCAAAAGCUGGGACGAACUGGAUAAAUUAGCGAGUCUACCCAAGCUUCGAGACGUGCUUUUCACAGGAAAUCCCAUAUACGAAAAUUUGAGCAAGGAAGACGCUCGCCUUAAUGUAUUAAAGCGGAUUCCUCAAGUAGCUAAAAUUGACGGUGACAUGGUGAAACAAACGGAGCGUGACGCUGCGUUAGGGCAGUAG